CGUCAAGGCUGCGGCUGGGAUGUAACCGAAGGUCCUGCCGGUUACCGGGAUUCUUUGCGUCCGAGUGAGCACCUUCACUAACCAGUGCAGUAAGGCAGCGCACGCGUGCUAUGCCAGCGCGCGUGACGGUACAUGUGAAUUACCUGAGCUUUGUGUCAGCAGGCGAGCAAGCGAUCAGAGAAGAAUACAUGUGCACCAGUUCACAUUAUUCAGCCAAUGUAGCAUCUUAGCGCACCGGACUGGACAGAGUCUGAAAGGAAACGGCGACGAACGGAAGCCAGACCGGGAAAAGGAGCGCCUAUGACAGCCUCCUUAGUUCUAAACCCUCGCUGGCCAGCGGACACGGUAAUGUUUGUGUAUGACAACAAUCUGGACGACCUGAACAAGAACAUGGAGGGGCUGGUGGGCAGCGGCAACUUUGCCGCAAGCCAGUGCCGCAAUAUUAUGGCGCACUCGGCGGCCGCCGCUGCACUGGGCGGCCACCCGUCCGGCCUGAUGCACUCUUCGGCCGGCUACUCCACAGUGGACGUGUCCGCUUCAGGCUCCAGCGAGACUGGCUCGUCUUCAGGGAAGCAGUGCACGGCCGGGCCGUGUCCGGCGGCCGCCGUGCCGCACCAGAGCUCCUCUGCCCCCACCGCGUUACCAUACGGUUACUUUGGUAACGGCUACUAUCCGUGCAGGAUGGGGCGGGGUUCUCUGAAGUCGUGCACCCAGGCGGCGGGAGCCGCGCUCAGCUCGCAGUACAUGGACACGACGGUGAACUCUGACGAAUACUCAAACCACCGGGCCAAAGAGUUCGCCUUUUACCACGGCUACCCGAGCCCCUACCAGUCCAUGGCCAGCUAUCUGGACGUGUCUGUGGUCCAGACGCUGGGCACCGGGGAGCCGCGCCAUGACACCUUGCUCCCCAUGGACAGCUACCAGCCCUGGACGCUAACCAACGGCUGGGGAGGACAGAUGUACUGCUCCAAGGACCAGGGACAGGCCGGACACCUCUGGAAGUCUGCUUUGGCGGAUGUGGUGGCGCACCAGCACGACGGCUCGCCUUUCCGCCGGGGCAGGAAGAAGCGGAUACCGUACACCAAGCUCCAGCUCAAAGAACUAGAGAAAGAGUACGCCGCUAACAAAUUCAUCACCAAGGACAAGAGGAGGAAGAUCUCGGCCGCGACCAACCUGUCGGAGCGGCAGAUCACCAUCUGGUUCCAGAACAGGAGGGUGAAGGAGAAGAAGUUUGUGGCCAAAGUGAAGACCAGCGCUCCGUAGCAUGCGGGUUGCUGCGCUUUUGGACGAUCUAGUGAACGUGGUGUAUUUGCGUGUUAUGCAUUACAAAUAAUGAACUGAGAGAAAUUGCAAAAAGAAAUGUGGAAAAUAACGACGUGGUACUCCCGACGGACUGUGCCUACUCGUGUGCGUCAACACAGUGAAGAAAAAUACAAA